CUCUUACUCCUUCCUCUCAACGACAACGACGACAGAGCAAAGACUUGACAGCUCCACAAAAGGUCGGCGAAUGCGGACGCGAACCGCGUGAAUUGCCCCUCAACACCGCACCACUGCCACCCGGUUCAGCGGCAACGAUCCUACCGCGCCGCCCUUCGCUAAGCCUUCCCCUUGCCGCGCUCCACCAUGGCUGCGCCGACCGCGGCGCUCGCGGAGCAGGUCAUCAACCUGUCGCUCGACGACGACGAGCUCAAGCGCUCCCCCAUGUCAGCCAAGCUCGCCAUCCUCACCGACACGUCGUCGACGUCCUCGCCGCCGCCCGCACCGCCCCGGCAGCACACAAGCCACGCCUCGAUCUCCUCGGUCGCGUCCCUGAUCCAGUCUGAAGGCUCUUCCUCGACGACGCCUAACCGGCCGCCUCGCUCCCCACUCCGGCGCAGCCGAGAAGGCUCGGGAAGCCGCCCACGAGGUACACUGGAGUUUACGACUCUGAUGCUCGAGAUCGACAACCUCCAGGCCGAGGUGGCAACGCUGCUGGACAAGAUCUAUGAGAUUGAGGAGCUGCGCCAUUCGCCGUCUGCACGCUCGGCACACGCGGCACGCCUCGACACGCUUCUGUCCGAAGCUGACGCCGCUGUGGACAAUCUCACGCCCAGAAUCGCCGCCGUGGAUCUCAUCGGCAGCGAUGCAGAGGUUCCCGACCUACUCACUGCUCUUCGCGCCGACUGGGCAAAGGCCACCGCGCAGCACUACCUCGUUAAGCAAGAGCUGCAAGAGGACCCAUGGCUGGUCCGUUUCAGGACUACGGCCGAGCAGGCCGAAGGUAUGAUGGAUCCUCUGCAGACAAGUCUGGUCGACCUCACAGUAUGUGCUCUUGCUUGGCGUGCGCUGACUCUCAAGUCAUACGUCGGUCGCAUCUUCUCGAGCUUGGGCAUCGUGCCCCAGAAUGCGGCGGACGACCGGCUGAGCAUGGAGCGGUUGCGAAGCAUGGCCGUGGCGCAUGGUCGGCUGAAGUCAACCUACGUCCCGAGUGUCAACAAGAUUCUCAGGAUGAUGGAGAAGAGUGUUGCCGAUCGGUCGGUCAAGAACGGCGAGGCCCUGCGGCGAUUGAACGACAUGACGACGAGAUGGGCGACGCUGCAAAAGCAACUCGUGCAGCUCGACGCCAAGGUGGCACUGUGCUUGUCGCAGCACGACCACGACGAGCAGCACCAUGAGCAACUGGAGGAGCUCGACGACGACCAUUUGUUCCUCACCUCACCAAAGAUGACUCCGGUGGCCAAGUUGGAGCCGCCCAAGAUGAACGUGGGCAUGGGUGUUCCACUGCAGCGGGUGCUCAGCGCGGGCGCAUCAUCCCCUGCGCCGGGGUAUCACGGCUCGUCGAGGCUCGGCCCACCGUCCGCGUCCCGGCCUGGAUCCAUCACGCCCAGCGCGGCCAAGACUUUGCGGCGCAGUCAAUCGCGGCCGUCGUUGGGCUCGUCGCUGAACACAAUGUCUCCACCCGAACGCCCGCGAUGGAACAUGUCCACACGGCCGUUCAACAUUCCCCCACAUCAGACCCCUCCGCCCACCAUCCGGCGCCCGAGCAGCAGCUCGCAAGGGUCGGUACCGCCGGUACCGUCAGUGCGCAGGCCUGUAAGCCCGUGGGUCUCGUCACCCGAGUUCAAGACGCCGCGCAAGAGCAUGCCGGCGCCACCGCCUGUACCCGCCAUGCCCGGGUCUGUGCGGUCCGUUUCAGCCCCACGGCCAUCGCUCGGCGCGAGCUUGGGCCGGGCGCCACCCCCCUCGGCCUUCCGGAAUGCCUCACCGGCGCCAACGCCCACACGCCCCUCGUCGCGCCUGUCACAGCAUUCGAAUGGCUCGCACAGCGUGUCGGGAGCAACGUACCGCCCGUUCGUGCCGAGCAAGUACGACCUCCUGGACCAGGAGGUGCAGAAGGUGCUCGACGCCGUGCAGCCGGGGAUCAUUGUCGCGCGCAUCGACCAGCCGCUGCGGCGCGGACAACUGAAAAACAAGGACGAGCCGUGGACCGGUGAGUUCCUGUUUGGCGCAGGCGAGCGUACCACGAGCGUAAAGCUGCUCGAGCUCGCCUCGCGCUCGGGAGGCAAGAAGAUCAAGAGCAUGGUACGCGCCGGAGGCGCAUGGCUCGACCUCGGGGCGUACCUGCAGCGCAAGAAGGAGGAGCGCGCGGCGCUGGACGACGAUGUGUUCUAGUAGCUUGGCUAGCAGCAGCAGCAUGUAUCUAUUCAUAUGG